GAGUGAAUACUGUCUAUGUCGUUCUAACUCUAUACGACUACGAGUCCCAGAAAGCAUUGCGUUGCCAUGUCAAUAUGGCUUCUGUCUGUCGGACAAAGGCAAAUCAGUCUCGCUACCCAGUAAAAUCAAAUUAACAUUCUAAGUAGCAACCGGAAACCCAUCCGUGCAUGCUAGUCCUGGAAACACAAGGGACCAAAUCCAUCUGUCAAUUAAAUGUUGCGGAGGUCGGCGAUCACGGAUGCAGUCAGCCAGGAUGUCCCAUCCCUGCGAGGAGCCGCGCUUCACCAUCGAGCAGAUCGACCUGCUGCAGCGCCUGUGGCGCUCCGGCAUGACGCAGGCGGAGAUCGUGCACGCCCUGGACACCCUGGAGCGCCUGGAGCGCCAACACAGCCGUCUGCCCAGCCCCCGUUCCCGCCCGCCACCGCCACGCUCCUCCUCUUCCUCCACCACCUCCACCGCCACUCAGACCUGUUUCGCCGGGAACGGGGCGUCGCCGUCGCCCAGUAACCUGUACCGCACCUCGCCGCCCCUCCUGGCGUCGGCCCCAACGCCCGUUUCCAUGGCGGCGGCGGCGGCGGAGAACGGUCUCGUCGGCAUGGCGAAUGGGAAGCUGUCUCCUCCGAGGUUUCCCGUGGCCAUGAUCGGCAGCAGCGGUGGGGUCGUGGCCCAGAGCUACGGCUUCGAGACCAGUGAGGAAGACCUGGAGUUCGAGGAGAAGGUGGAAGAACUCAUGAGAAUGGACAGCGCUGUGAUUAAAGAGGAGAUCAAAAACUUCCUGGGAAACAGGCGGAUCUCGCAAGCUGUGGUUGCCCAGGUAACAGGAAUUAGUCAGAGCCGGAUCUCCCACUGGCUGGUGCAGCAGGGAUCAGACCUGAGUGACCAGAAGAAACGGGCCUUCUACCGCUGGUAUCUGCUGGAGAAGACCAACCCAGGGGCUACUCUGGCCAUGCGGCCCGCGCCAAUGGCCAUGGACGAGAUGGUGGAGUGGCACCAAACCCCGCCCUCCUUUGGCUCCAUGCCGGGGGGGUCCCGUCUAAGGCGGGGGAGUCGCUUCACCUGGAGGAAGGAGUGUCUUUCUGUCAUGGAGAGCUACUUCAGUGAUAACCAGUACCCUGACGAGGCGAAGAGGGAGGAGAUCGCGAGCGCCUGCAACGCGGUCAUCCAGAAGCCAGGGAAGAAGCUGUCUGAUCUGGAGAGGGUCACAUCUCUGAAGGUCUAUAACUGGUUCGCUAACCGACGCAAAGAGAUGAAGAGGCGCGCAAACAUAGAAGCAGCCAUCUUGGAGAGCCACGGCAUGGAUGUGGUGAGCCCGGGGGGCCACUCCAACAGCGACGAGGUGGACGGCAACGACUUCCCAGAGCAGGGCUCUGAGGUGUCGGUGUUUGACAAGAGGGCAGCAAACAGAGCGUUUGGACUGAGCCGAAUAGACCUGUCCUCACCCACACAGGUCCCAUCUCUUCUCCCCAGCUGGUUGGCUGCCUGGCCGGGCUUGGGCAGGGGGGGUGUGACUGGACAGAAGGGCAACCCUCUGAUAGGCCGAUCGUUGUUAGGGGCGGGGGCUCAGGCAGAGGCUUCCAGACUGACGGGUGUGUCCUGGUCUCCCCCCUCCCCCUCCCUCCAGGAUGAACCCACCAAUCACAGCUCACCCACUGAGGUCCAGGACCCGAUCAGCUUGGCUGUGGAGAUGGCGGCGGUCAAUCAUACUAUCUUAGCCCUAGCCAAUCAGGCGUCUGACGGCGGCGCGGGGGGCAGCACAGGAAAUGACAUCAAGACAGAGACGAUGGAGGACGAAUGAAGACGGCGCGCCGGAGAGGAGCUUUGGGAUGAGAGAGGUGCGUUGGUGUUUGGGUGUGGUUGUUCAAGUUCACCGCUCUACCUCCACCCCCCCCCCCCCCCCACGCUACACCAGACUGUCCCAGGCAUUACCGCUACAUCCCCAAAAAUAGAAUUAUUACUUUGAUAUAACGCUCAUUAUUAUAAAUGAAUUAUUAUAAGCGAUUUUUGUUUACAACAGUUUGACGGAAGGCAGGUAGGCAGACGAGUGAGCAGAAAACGUAAGUCGUAGUUUUAGUCAAAUACCUUACUGUGCCAAGAGCCUCCAGGCCACCUGCCUUUCUAAACAUGUUGAAUAUAGCCGAGAGAUAUCAGAAAAUACUGAAAAUAGACCGACGCGCCGAGGCUUGUCUUCCUGGGUGGAGGAAAUUAACAUUGUCCCUUGUUUGAGUCGUAAGGAGUUCUGCAGAAAUCCUCGGAACCCAAUGUGAUCUCAUGACGUGAUAUAUGAACCGGCUCUCUGUUGGCUUAGCAGUAUGAAACGGAUCAAAAUAACAUGGGAGACGUAUUGAUAAACCAAGAGGUCUAGAAAUACGUGGACAGUAGCGGCUGGUUGGAAGCUUGAUAAUAUUAAAUGUACGCCUCUGUCUUUAGUUGGAGGACUAGCUCUUUGACAGACUUAAGGACUCAAAAAGGUUAGAUUUUUAUAUGGAUAUGUUAUUCAAAUGCACAUCAGAGGUUAGGCCUGUUUGUGACUUCCACAAUCUAUUCUUGAGUCCAGGAAAGUCACGCCACACUGUAGAAAACCUUGAGAUUUUCUGACAAAUGUAUAUGAAUGCGAAAAGUCCCCACAGAAUUCUACCAAUCGGAUAAGCUUUAAACUUUUAUAUCUACUAAUUAAUUGGGAAUCAAAAACAAUCUCACAUUCUUGGCAUAUCCAUGGCAGGACUAUUUGAUGUUUUGUUGUACUCAGUCUUGGAUCAUUGGUGUCACAAACAGGGCAAAUGAGAUGUGUUAUAUUAAUGCAAAUACAACGCAUAUCUCUUUUAAAAAAUGUAUCUAUUUAAGCAUUACAAAUGUUUUCAAAAUACAGAUAACUCUUUAAACAAGGUCAGAAUUGCAUAACCUGUAAAUAGUCUAAUGCUACAAAGUCAAGGCUACAAAGUGUGGUAUCAAAAUCUGGUUAAUUUGCCAUGGGCAAAAUAACAAAGGGUGGUUAUUGCGUGUGUUUUGAAAAGGGCUCGAGCCUUGAACUGCACUUUGUGUGACUGGCCAUUAGCCAGAACCGCGUUGACCUCCUACGGGCAAAACAAUUAACCAACAAACGCAUCACACUGAAGAUGCAUUGAAUGUUUUGCCCAUACGGUGAAAUGUCUGACAGCCUAAUUUAUGUUAAACAAUCUUAUUCCCGUACAGAGUUGUCCAUAUUUCUCCAGUCUCUUAGGCUUUCCAUGUAUCAGUGUAAUAUACUGACUGACACCUGACACCAGUCAGACAAGUGGAAAACAAAAGUAACAUUUGGGACAUUGCUGUCCAAGGCAACUUUCCUCUGCAAAGUAACUCAAAUGUAGGAUGAUCAAUUACUUAAACACCUUUUUAACUGAAUUGACUAAUGGUGGCAUUUAAAAAAAAGUGCUUCACCAGCGCAGAAUUGGUGGAAAACUAGAGCUGGCUAGUUAGUGUGUACUUACCAAUUAACACAGGCUAGCUAUAACGUUGACACUUGUUAGCCAUACCCUUUGACACUGGCUAGCUAUACUGUUAGCUUACUAUAUAGCUUGCUUGUGUUACCACUAACUAGAUACUGUUAACACUAACAUGCUAUACUGUAAAUAUUAACACAAGCUAUCAUAUUUACACACUAGCCAGCUAUUUACACAAGAAAAAUAUGCUAUUUAGACAAGCUAUAUGUCAUGUUAAAUCAAACAUGUUAAAUCAAACCAGUUUGUUUGGUUAAACUUAGUGCUGCCAUCAAGUGAAAAGAUUCAAGUUUUCAUGAUACAACAUUUAUUUUAACAAUAAACUAUUUACAAAUACCUCAGUCUCCAAAUCUUAUAAGCUAAAUACUUGUAAGCUAACUACUUCGCUCCAUAGAGUGCUGCUUCAACAUGCUACCAGGUUUUACCGUUAUAGUUGUAUUGAGGAUUUCUCAAUAUGAUUAAUUUAGAUAUAAUCUCUGGGGUUUUUCAGUUCAACAUGGAAGAAACAUGCUUCCAACCAUACUUUUCAGGGACUAUAGAGAUCAAUAUCUUUUGUUUAUUAAUUGUUUUACGCAAAUAGGACAAUACUUUUAACACAAUCAUUAUCCUCAGGCACCAGUGAAAAAUAAUACUUUCUUAGAUCUGGUUGGUAAGCGGACACUGAACUGAAGUUCCUCUUGAAAGAGCUAAACCAAACCGGACAAGAUGAUACUAUGUGUUUCAUGACCUCUUUACGUUCUUUUUUUUUUAUCUCAAAGCACAAAAGUGCAUCAUAAUAUUCUCCAGUUUAACUCCUAAAUCUUCCAUUAAAGACAAGAUUGCAGGAAAACUUAAAAGUAGUUAUUCAUAAGCUGCCUGGACUGUUGGAAAUAUACUGUAUUAAGCUUCCAGGACUGUUGGCAGCACCGCAACUAUUGUGAAACAAUUGCAUCUAAAUUCCCCAGGAAACCCUCCAAUAGGAUAUAGAAAAUAUACCUGAUUUCAUACGAUCCCUUACCCUCAUUUGAGUAACCAUUUUUUUACCAAAUCCAUUCUCAAGGCUUAUGAAGCAGCUUGAAGUUGCACGCUUUUGUUGGGGAAAACCGUAUACUGUCUGAUUCUAGGAAUAUUCUGCUGUUUAUUCUGGGGUAUUUUUACAGAACUAUUCAAGUAGUGUCCAUCCAAGAAUAUAUGUUGACCAGGUACCACAAGGUUUGUUUUAGACCAAAUGUCUAAUUUAACUUGAAUCCUGAAUUAUUUCCCACCGAGUGUUUCUUAAACGGAGGCGUUGUUAGCUAGUGAUGUUGUACUGUAAUCAAAUAUGUUAAAACAAAAUAUAUAUAUACAUUCACAAAUGCUAUUGCAAAAUAUUUUAUAUCUUUUUUUCUUUUUGUGAAAUCUGCCAAGCAGAGACUAAGUCAUGUGAUUCAUUUAAGAUGUCAGCAUGUUUUAUAAAGAUUGUUUCCGGACUGUAAGUCAUGUCUGUAUUACCAUGUAUGUGUCGUUUUGUUGUAACAUGCAGUAUCUGCCUCCGGUCUUCCUUUAGCCAUGUCGAAAAAGAGAUUAUGACAGGCGGAACAUGACUGACCUCAGUCUGUACAGUGACACCAGAUCACCUCCCUCUCCCCUGUAUUAAACCGAGAACGGCCCAUCAAGGCUGACCUGAGAUCAACCCAAUCAGGUCCAGCAGUAAACUGUGGUCAAAGAGUAUCUAGAGAGCGAUAAAAGUUAAAAUAAAAUCCUACAUUUUAUUAUCUACUCUCUGCUAACAGAUAUUUGUAACAAAAAGUCCAUGAUUAACCAUCAUAUCAACAGCGACUAGACAGACCAGGCUUGGCUCUGCGGGAAGUCAAACAAUAAUUGCCACAACACAUUGUAGCUCAACAUUCACUUCCUUGUCGUGUGAUUAUUGCAUCAGAGAACGUGGGUGAUUUGGUUGCAGCACCAUUCGCGACUAACCCACUUGGCUGCUCCCUUGCAAAGUUACAUAGUACAGAAUUAAAUUGUUUCAAAUAUUAUUCUGUCCGUGUAAAUUCUUUUAAAUUUGUAUUUUUUUAUUGAACUCUUCAGAUGAAAGAACAAACUUCUAAAGGAUGUUUGGUUCAUUUGAAAUGAUCAAUGUCAGGACGUCCUGUGUUUUGUCUCAGUGUCACUGUUUAGUGCCUUUUUGGACAGUAGACUGUUUUGUAAUCGAUAUGUAGUAAUGCCUACAUAAGCCUUUUUAUUCCUUUUUUUCAUCUGUUGAAAAAUCCUGAUUUAAUUUGAAACUGUUUUUAUUGCCGUUGUAUCCGCCAGGGAAUUAAAGUGAUUAAAAAUGUCUGAACUGAG